AUGAUUCUCAGUGAUAUGACCUUGUUUUCUAGUCUCCUCUUCAGCUCCGGAGUAGACUUAGCUCUAUGCUCAGCUAAGGAGAAUCUGAACGUCGCAAACUGUUCAGCUUUCUUUCUCACCCCGGCAAUUGACCUGCCCUAUAAUGCGCAGGUUCUCGAUGUUUCGGCGGCAUUGGCUAAGAGUCAAGUGUCUAACUCUAACAUCACUCUGAAUCUCUGCAAUGUGACAGUGACUUAUACACACCCGAGCUGGAACGAUAAAAUCCAUAUCACCAUAUACCUACCCGAGACCGGUUGGAAUGGCCGUUUUCAAGGCGUCGGUGGCGGCGGCUGGGCCACUAGCUCCGGCCUCAGCUCCUUAUUGAGUCCUGUCGCUGCUGGCUAUUCGGCUGGAACGACUGAUGGCGGCCAUGAAAUCAAUAGUUUAUCGACUGCAGGAUGGGCUGAGCUACCCAAUGGUCAGCUGAACAUGCCCUUAUUUACUGAUUUUGCAUCCGUUGCUCUGAACGACCUCGCUGUAGUGGGCAAACAGAUCACUAAUCGUUACUAUGGCUAUGGACCAAACUAUUCCUACUGGAACGGCUGCUCGACUGGAGGCCGACAGGGCUUAAUGAUGGCGCAGAAGUACCCGACAGCUUUUAACGGCAUCCACGCGGGGGCCCCAGCAAUCAACUGGCCAGUUUUCCUAGUUGCGGAAUACUGGGGACAAUUUUUGAUGAAUCAGCUUGUUCGUUACCCGCCUCAAUGCGUUUUUGAUGCCAUUAAUAAUGCCGCGGUAGAGGCCUGUCGAUUUAUGGAUGAUAGGUUUAUUGCGCAGCCAGGACAAUGCUUAUAUGAUCCGUUCCUUAUGGUUGGCAAAUCAAUAAAUUGCAACGGGACGCUGGUAAAUAUCACCAGCGAUGAUGCUACUAUUGUCCAAAAGACAUGGGAAGGUCCUCGGACAGCUGAUGGCACACCACUCUGGUGGGGGAUAAACCCAGGGACUCCCUUCGACGGGCUCAUCGACACCGAAUGCACGGGCUCUGUUACCAAUUGCACCGGUAAUGCAUUUGGAAUUGCCACCGACUGGAUCUCGCGCUGGAUAUUGGAAGAGCCUGACUAUGAUUUCCAGAGUCUCACGCUUGACGGAUUCGUCAAAAUCUUCUACCAGGCACUGGUCAAAUACAAUGCUAUCAUUGGCACAAACAACAUCGAUCUCCGCCCCUUCCACCAUGCUGGAGGUAAAAUGAUCACCUGGCACGGUCUCGCGGACCCGCUCAUCUUCCCCGGGGGAACCAUUGACUACUAUCGCAAGGCGAUGGCGUUUGAUCCCGAGACCCAUGAAUACUACAGAUUCUUCCCGGCACCUGGCGUUGGGCAUUGUGAGAACGGUAAUGGAGCGGUGCCGAGUGAUCCCUUGGCAGCUGUUGUUGAAUGGGUGGAACAGGAUAUUGCCCCGGAUGUGCUGCCUGCUGUCACUACAGAUGGCACGAUCAAUCGUAAUCUGUGUAUGUACCCGCUGGCUUCUUUCUAUAUUGGGGGGGACCCGACGGAUGUGGGCUCCUUUGUUUGCAAGUUUGUCGGUGACUAUAUCGACAAUAUUAUAUCCUAUGCGGACUUUGUCUUGAAUUCAAACGGAAGUACCAUUUUUGUCUAG